AUGGUGUUGCUGGCGGGGCCCGGGCCGGAGGGCGGCGGGGCGCGCCGCGUGUCCCCGCAGACGCCGUCCCCACCCCGGGACGCUCUGGACGGGGAGGACCCUGCUGACUACGAGGAGUACGAGGACUUCUCGUGUCUGCCCGACACCCACAGCAUCGCCUCGGACGACUCCUUCUACCCUGUCGGAGGCGAGGAGGAAUACGGCACCGCGAGUGCGGAGAGCGUCCCAGAGGGCGUCCCGGAGGAGGCGACCCUCCUGCGCGCCGCCUGCGCCAACGACGUGGGGCUGCUGAGGGCGCUGGUGCGGCGGGGGCCGAGCGCUGAGGAGGUGCAGGAGACCGACCGCAACGGCCGGUCCCGCGGUGACUGUGCCGCUGCCCAGCGCGCGUCUUGGUCGCUGUCCUGCGGCUCGUGUGGAGCCCUGGGCGGCCCUGCGCCUCCCCGGCCGGGGUCGCAGUCUGGGCGGCAGCGGCGGCGGGGUGGGAGGGUGGCUGUGGAGCGUUGCCGCAGGUCACAGCGCCGCGGGAGACGCCGCUAG